AUGAACACUUGUACAUUUACGUAUAUUAGCCGCGAGACACAUUUGCCACGAACAACAACUGGUACAGAAUAUGCAUGGGAAGAUUUAAAAAUUUUGUGUAACCGAGAAGGUGAGGGUUAUCCAGGUGCAAAAUAUUACAAGACAAUCAGUCCAGAAGGUCCCGAAUUAUUUGCUGUUGUGAACCAAACCAUGGUGCUUUAUCACGACAAAGGCAAAUGGAUUCGAUAUCUAACUGCUAAAAACAUUCAGUUCGAUAUUAGAACGGAUUUUAGAGUCGGCGAAGAAGAAGAAGUUCAAAUUGGUAUUAGCGCAAUUGAAGACUGA